UCGGUCGAGCUGGUAGAGAUCCUGAGUGUACCAAGCGAGGUAACUCUUGUGAAAGGUGCCCGAUUAUAAUUCUCCUAACGCGGGCCUCGUUCUAUUAUAUAUAAACUGGCUGCCGAGAUUCCACCGUCAUGCACGCUAUUGACAAGCGCCUUAGCAACCACUCACGUUUACAAACACCGGACGAUAUAAACAUGGCGGAUCAUUUAGCCGGCUGACUUGUGGGAUUUUACAUCGCUGCUUAUCUUAUGCAUGUGUGAUUAAUAACAGACAUAAGAAUAUACCUGGAGUAACGCUAACAAACGUCCAAGAUGGCUGAGGAGAACGUGAGAGUUGCCGUUAGGGUUCGGCCAUUCAACUCUCGGGAAAGAACUCUAAAUUCAACACUCAUCAUUGAUAUGAAUGGCAACACCACACAGAUAACAGACCCUUCAGGAUCAGACGAGCCCCGCAAAUUUACUUUUGACUUCAGCUACUGGUCUCAUGAUGGCUGCAAGGAAAACAACGGCUAUUACGAACCUGAUCCAUCACAACCAAAUGGCAAAAAGUUCGCUGAUCAGAAAAGCGUGUAUAAUGAUUUGGGAGUGGGUGUGUUGGAGAAUGCCUGGGGAGGAUACAACUCAACACUGUUUGCCUAUGGACAGACAGGAUCAGGGAAAAGUUGGUCCAUGGUUGGGUAUGGCGUAAACAAAGGAGUCGUACCGCUGUUCUGUGACAACAUCUUCCAGCAGAUAACCGAGAAGAAAAAUAGUGGCGAUAAAACAGAAUUUGAGGUAACCUUCAGUAUGCUGGAAAUCUACAACGAACAGGUCCGAGAUUUACUGACCAAUUCAUCAGCUCGUGGAGGACUAAAAGUCAGACAGCACCCCAAACAGGGCUUCUACGCUGAUGGCCUGAAGGUUGUGCCUGUGAACAGCUAUGAUGAGAUCUCCAAGAAGAUGGCAGAAGGCACCACCAACAGGACUGUGGCCUCUACUAACAUGAAUGCAACCAGCAGUCGUGCUCACACAAUCGUUGGGAUCACAUUUCAACAGAUAUUUAUCAAUCCUGCUGGGGAAAAAACUACCAAAGCAGCUGUUGUCAAUCUUGUGGAUCUGGCUGGCAGUGAGCGAGCUGAGAGCACUGGAGCUACAGGGGAUCGUCUUAAGGAAGGCGCCGCUAUCAACCAGUCCUUGUCAUGCCUCGGCAACUGUAUUGCAGCCCUGGCAGAAAAAUCCUCGGGAAAGAACUGCCGAGUGCCUUACAGAGAUUCCGUCCUGACCAAACUGCUCAAGAAUGCCCUGGGCGGCAACAGUAAGACCAUCAUGAUUGCUGCUCUGAGCCCCGCUGAUGUGAACUUUGAUGAGACUCUAUCGACACUCCGAUAUGCUGAUCGUGCCAAACAGAUCAAAACCACGGCUUCUGUAAACGAGAGCCCUACAGACAAGCUGAUCAGAGAGCUUCAAGAGGAAAAUGAGAAGCUCAAGUUGAUGAUCGAGUCCGGGAACUACGAGAUGAUCAAACAAGAUGACGACGAUGAUGAUUUGACAGAUGAAGAAAAGAAGAAAGAGAAGGAAGAUCGUGAGUCAGAGUACGCCAGUAUGCUGGAGAAAAAUAAGCACGAGAUGGAGGAGAUGAAGAAGACGUUUGAGGAGAGACUGGCAGAGCGUGGGGAUUCUGGGACAGACUUCAAUGCUGUUGAUGAGAAGAAGAAGACCACACCCCACCUUUACAACCUGAACCAGGACCCUCAGCUGUCGGGGAGGAUAGUACACUUCCUGGAGGGGGAGAACAUCACCAUUGGCAGCUGUGCUGCGGAGGGGGACGUCAACAUCAGGAUUGUAGGCCCCAGCAUUCAUCCAAAACAUGCAUCCUUCAGCAUGGCUGAGAACAAAUGGAGCAUCGAGCCAGCAGCCCCACACAGCCGAAUUCUCCACAACGGAAAAGGCGUCGGCAACAAGGAAGACUUGGUUCAUAAUGACAGACUCCAGUUUGGAACAACUCAGUUCUUCGUGUAUUGUAAUCCUAAAGAGCGUGAUAGUUCCAAAAUCAACUACCCAGACAUUUCUUACGAUGACGCUCAGCAGGAAGUCGCUCGCAAAUCUGGACUCGGCAUGGACAAGGAGGCCAAAUCCAGAGACGAGGCAUUACUACAGGAGGAGAUGGUGAAGGCUGUGCCCGCAGUACAACAAGCUAACUCCAUCAGUGAAGAGCUCGACAAGAAACUCAAGUUUGAGCUUAUCGUUGUGUCACCUGAAGGACGUGGCGAAACAAAGGGACGAAGCAUCGUCAUGGUGAAGGUGACCCACCUAGAGACAAAGUUUGAGUGGAUGUGGCCAUUCCAGAAACUUCUAAACAGAAUGUAUGUUAUGCAGGAGAUGUACGAUGAACUUCUAGAGGGCGAGAAUGUCAAGAGGACUGAGGAGGAGGAUCCUUUCUUUGACGACAUGAAAUGUGACUUUUACAUUGGCAGUGUGAAAAUUUGGCUGAAAUCUAUGGCCUACCUAAUAGAGUCAAAGGACCAGCUGAGCGUGUGUGACUACCAGGGAAAGGAAGUUGGUAUCCUCAAUUACGAAAUACUUCCAUGUGAUAGCAAAGGUAAGGAGUACACUGACAGCGAUGAUAUUUUUGUGGAGAUCCCGGAUGAACUUCUAGGCCGUCCAGAUGGAGUGCAUUUUAAGCUGAAAAUUACCAGUGCCCGAGGCCUUCCAAUGAAAUUUGUGGAUGUAUACGCAAAAUACACAUUUUUCAACGAAGACAGGGUUUACGAGACGAAGAGGCUGCCUGCUACUAAUAACCCUGACUGGAAGUAUGAGAUGCAACAUGACCAGGCGAAUGUCGCAUUACCUUUCCUGGACUACCUCAAAGACGGGGCCAUCAUGAUCCAGAUCUGGGGGAAACAGAAGAUCCAGAAAUCGAAGAAACAUAUCAACACUAAAGACGCCUUACUCUCGUCUUCCCUGACCAAGGGCAAGAUGGGUGCUGGACAAUCCAAGGCUUUUGACACUGACAAAGUGAAGUACAUGAUGGAAGCCGCCUUCCUCAGGAAGAGACAAGAACGCCUCGAACAGAAACUUCAUGCCAUGAAGAAAAUGUUGGAUGAGGCAGAGAAACACAAUAAAAAGAAAAUCUCUACCAGCCUCAUCAAACAGAUCUACAACGCAUCAACAGCUGACGCAGCUGACAAGUGUAUUGCCCUCAUUCCUCAGGAGAAAGAUGAUGACGAUGAAGAGGAUGAUGCCAAGCCCUCAGCAGCCCCAGCAGCUGUGGUGAAGGGUGGAGAAAAGGAGGGAAAAAAGAAGGAUAAAGACAGCAGCAGUGAAAGUAGUGACAGCAGCGACAGUGAUAGCGAUAAAGAAAAGGAAAAAGACCCAGAGAAAGAAAAGAAGAAGGAAGCAAAGAGAUUACGAAAGGCUGCAAAAGUAGCCGCAAAACAAAAAGAGAAAACAGCUACAAAAAAUCAGUCGAAAUUAGUCCGGCAAAAUACACAGGGUAAAAUACCAAUAGUGAAAAAAGAGGAGAAGAAGUCAUCUGCCUGUAUAUUAUUGUAAACAUUCCUAUCCUGUUCUUUUUCACCCUUUCACCACUGUAGACCAUAAUGGACUCAUCCAGAUCAAUGUAUGGUAGAGUUUAUUAAAGCUACAUAGGGGUGAAAGGGUUAAGGUUUGACGCAUUGACAUUCACCUAAGGAACUUUUCACCUACCAGGUGAACAAAGUGAAACAUUCCUAGUACCUCUAAGUCCUUCUCUUCUGAUUUACAUAAUGUAUACCAUACUUAACCCCUAUUUAUUUUGACAUCACAUCUAUGUAAUUGCACUGUUUUAGCAGUAUAGUUUUAGAUUUUGAAAAUCAUCCUAAUACAGUUGAAGUAUUCUGUAAAAGUUUGAAUUAUUUUUGAUAGAGUUUACACCCAAUCAUUAUUCAGUUAUAGGCCAAGAUCAAGAUAUUGUCACCUAUUACAUUUUAUAAGAAUAAACCUGUAGGGAGAGAUAAGUGGAUUAGCUCCUGUUGUCCAGGCAACUGCAGAAUAUGGCCGCUUUACUCUCAGUUAUUAUACGAAGUCACAACAUCUAAUCCCUAAUCAGAAAGAGUUUAUGUUUUUUUAUGUUUGACUUGUUAAAUAAUGAUUUUAUAUGAUUGUUAAUGAUGACACUAUUUAUUGGAUAUCACACACAAUGGUUCAGGUUUUGUGAGAAGAGACUAACCAUGACCUUAACAAUUGGGAUUGACCUUGACCUGAGGGAAUGACAUUUUGUACUGUUAAACGGGCUCCCUGAUUGGUAUUUUGUCUGUUGUAUUUGUUAUAAGCUGCUGUUAUUAUUUUAGAAUAUCUCUUUAAUCCAGAACUCGGUAACCAAGAAAACGUGCAUGUGGCUUUCCAGGAAACUGUCACAUUUCCUUUUUCUAAGAUACAAAAUUUUGGACAUUCCUGACCUUUUCUUGAAAAGCAAAGUUUUGAUUUAAGAGAUGCCACUGUUCUGUGUAUAUAUCCUAACAUUCUAUUUAUGGAAUCAAGAACAGCUUGUCUGUAUAUUGGUAAGACAGCUAAAUGCCACAAAGCCUAUAGUGAUCAACCUAAUGUAGGGGCUAUUGUAAAUAUAAGAUUUUGGGGUGGGGACAAUAUGUCAAGUAGUCAAGGAAUCAGGUAGUCAUGAUUUCCUUAGUUUUGUGACAAUGUUUUUAAAUUUAUUUAAUAUAGAAGUGUACAUAAAUACAUAUAUAUAUAAAGCACUGUAUAGAUUUCAGAUGGCGACACCUUUCAUAGCACAGUUAAUGUAGCAGGACUGGACUGUAUUUACCACUGGAGAUUUGACAUCCAUCUAGAGUUCGUUUGUUUCGGGUUUGAAUCUUGUUCUAAAUCGCUGCCCUUUUCCCGUUCUUUUACACCAUGACAUUUCUAUGAGUGCGAAUGGUAUCAUUUAUGUAUAAAUUCUUGAUUUUUAUUUAUAUUGAUCUUUCUCUUUUUUUUUGUUAGAACUUAUCAGUUUAAGUGAAUAUAUUUUUGCGUUCAAAAACCAAAACUUUAAAACCAUCUGUACUAAACCUUUUCUAUAGUUUUUGAUGUACCAUGAAGAAACUGGAAGUAUUUGUAAAUACAAAUGUAUAAUUCAUGGCACUAACUUGAUAGAUCUGCUCCCUCAGAGCUAUGUUCUGUCAGUAUCAGAUAAUUUGUCACAUUUGUCAAUGUUAUCAAACCGGCACUGUUAAAAUCACUGUGAUGCUGGUUUAUGUAUAUGUUGUUUUUAAAUUGGCGGUAAAAUCAGACAAAGAUGUCCUGUUAAACUCCGUAUAUUUGCUAGCUUGUGCUAUUCGUCCAAGUCCUUAACAUCCGGAUGUUGAUAUUCAGGUGAUGAAUUUUCGAAACCAGUUAAUUUGGAACUGUCCAUUUGUUAAUCCUUUUGGUUAUAAAUACAUCUCGUAAAAUAUUUGUCAAUUUGGAAAAAAAACUACCAAUAUUGCUGGAACAAAAAGAUUCACGAGGUGACGGACAAGAAAGGAACUAUAAGCGUUGACUUAUACAUGUGGCUGUUUGUAAUGCUGGAGAAUGCGCUACAGAAUUCUCGAACACUUGUAGGAUUUGGGUUAUAUACUGUUAUUAGCAGCAGAGUUCAUAUUCAGAACACCACUUUGAAAUGUUUGGCAAAGAAUUUCGACAAUAUUUAUCACUUUGAAAACAUGUGUACAACACACUCGACAACUAGAAAUAUUGAUUGUUCACCAUACUUUUAUUAGCAGCUAAAUAUUCACAAAGAGAUUGUAGGUUGAACAUCUUAAAGAAGCUGGUCAUAACUGGUCAUGUGAGCUUUCAGACAGAUUUUCUCUCCCCUUUUUACAUGAACUCCACACUAUCCAGUGCUUCGAUUAUGUUUUAUGUAAAUUUUCCUUUUGUGAUUGUCUAAUGACAGAACCAUGUUGUGGAUGAUUCUGCUUCAUAACGUGUCCGGUCAAUGGACUUUGUAGGCGCUUAUUUCUUCUAUGUCUAGAGAUGGAACUUUGUCAUGGGUGCAUUUCUGAAGCCAUGCCAUGUCUUCUGUCGACGGAUUUCGCUGGUCACUGGUGAUUCAAAAUUGUAAUUCAUCUCAUUUGAAAUGAUUCAUUAAACAAAAGAUGUGCAAUAUUGAAAAUCCUUUUUAGUCUGGAGGUGACAUAGGUGUUUGACUUGAGUAGUCUCCCCUGUUUGACUUGAGUAGUCUCCCCUGUAUUGAUGGUUGGAUUGUUACUUAUUAGAGAGUUGUUAAUAAAGCUUGGUUCCACUGACGAUGAUAGUUUUUGUGUGCUGGGUUUGUCGUCCAUGCAUGCAGUUGAGUCUGUGAUAUUAUAUAGGUCACUGGAACCCAGGUUUACUGCCAACCCUGCCCCGUGUGUACGUUGGAAUAUCUUCCAGUUGUUUUAUAGUUACCAGGACAUAAAGGUGGUCGACAGUGUGUGUACUACACAGAAAUGUUGUCAGCUGAUUGGUGUCGAUGUAUGUGAUGGGUUGAUGUGGUUUUUUUGUGUUCCACGUUUAAUUUGUUUACUUUGAUGAAUAAUGCAUACAGUUUAUUAGUGAUGUGCUUCUCGUUUCGUUGAAUUUUCUCUGAUGAGGAAUUUAAACACAUUGCAGUGACAGAUUUCCAUAUGUAUUUAGAAUCAUUUCAUGUUUCGAUCCAUUUUGAAUUCGGUGAUUAAACAAAAUUUGUUAUUUUUGUUGUGCCCUCUACCUGUCUCCAGUAGAAAGUGACCAUUUUCAGAGUUGUUGUUUUGAUAAAGAACGGCACGUUGGUGGAACGCCCUUGGUGUGAUGGUGUAUUGUGAGUUGGCUUUGUAGAUUAUGCUUAUACGUAUUAUUUUGCUGUUUCCAGAGUAGGAUUUGAUAACACAACUGACAUGAGUGUUUUUAAUCCAUCUGGUGUUAUAUAAGUUUGCUUGUUUAGACUAAGUAGUGCUCUUUAAGCCUACAGUUGUUCACAGAAUCAGGCUUUACCAAAAAUUGAGGUAUAUUGUAGUUUUCCAAUGAAUAUUUUACUGGCAUUCCCAUUUUGAAAUUUGGCCCUUUUUAUAUUAUCAGAAUUGUUAGGUACCUUUUUCAAACUGUUCAGGAUUUUUCAUUUUUGAAAUUGGUUUCAUUUUUUGAGUAGAUUUUGGUAAAGUUUUGAUUGUGUGGAUCAGUGUAGGUGAUAUUAACUUAAUUUCUGUAGUUGUUUGAAUUUAACCUGUUUGAGUGCUUUUAUUUGAUAGAUGUUUUCUAGUUUUCUAAGUUUAGAUUUAACUUAUCUUGAAACACUGCCAAAAUAUUUUUCAAUUUGUUAAACCAACCCUUGUGAUGAGGGUUUUGCUUGUCAAAGCAUGACUGUGAUAUGCUGUAUAUAAAAUAUUCAAUAUCCAUUCUCCAUCUCAUUAACUGGUGCUGUCGGUUUGUGAUAGAACACUGCGAGUCUCCCCGACCCAGUUCCUAUACAUCCCACAUGUACCUUUAUCUCUUCUGUCUAUCCAUAUCAUUUCAACUGUGACCUCCUUUCUCUUUUGCUCGUCCUUUCGCUGUUUAGCUUUCUGCUUUUUUUUUUUUAGCUUUUGUGUUCUUUUUUUUCUGAGAAGUUCUGUUUGCAAGAUAGCAUACACCAAGCUUUGUACUGCCAGCUUAAACUGACCAGCUCUGCUGCUGUGAACCAAGCUCCUAUGAUCCAAUGCUGUGACCUCUGCUCCGAGAAUGUAGCCCAAACUCAAAUGAUUUGACCUCAGCUCUGAUAAGUCAUAUACAUGUAUUACAAUGAUGUCAAUUACCAACAAUGUUGUUAUAGAAUAUUGUUUUAAACCGCAGACAUUAUUUCAAACUUAAAAUUGAUUAAAUCCAAAAAAUAAGCAAGUAAAACAUGAGAAAAGCUAUGGGCACUGACUACUGACCUGUAACUAAAAACCUAGAGCUGCCCUAUCGCUAGGGAAGGUGUGUAACAUCUAUGAUGUAAUGUACAUUGUAAUAAGUCUGUACAUACAAGUGCUAUUUAUAAAAUGGUUGUAUUAUUUAUUAUGAAGACAAUGAAUUCAGUAUUUUGAUGGAACAGCAUAAAUAUGAACAAGGAUGUAUACAUACAUUACCUUAAUAUUUUCGUAUCUUUAUUGUAUACAGUGGCAAUUAUUGCAAUAAUGGUAUUUUUUUCCGUAAAACUUUAUACUCAUUGUUUUUGACAUUAGUUUUAUUCUUCCUGUAUGAAAUAGGGCUUGUCAAAUUUUCCUUUUUAUAUAAAAGGAUAACAUAUCAGAGCGUGGAACUAUCUGAAGGGCCUUAUAUAUAGUCCAAUCAAGUGUUGUAUAUACAUCCAGAUGAUGUAAUGGCUAAAUAUGUCUAUGCCGUCCAGUUUAUCAUAUUUAUAAGAUAUGACACGAUUUCAUUGACUUUUCUAGAUCUGUUGGAGAGGUUGGUUUUAUUGUAGUUAGUGGUUUUUCUUUAUAUCAAUAAAUGUAACCUAGACCAUAUUUGGUCUUAACAGGAAAUGUUACAAAUGUUUGCCCUGUUUGUGGCUGUCGCGUUGAGAAAGAUAUAAUUUGUACAUGUAUUGCUCAAUUUUUCCACAACCAAUGUAAUUAUGGUACUUACAAUCACAGUUUUAUCUCGAAUUUCUCACACAUAUGUUGACUAGUUAAAAGUAUUGGUACAUUUCAAGCUUGUAAAACAAUUCAAUGCAUAGUAGUAUAGUUUUAAAAUGGUUUGUUUGAAAAUCAGUCCAUCAACUCAUUGGUGAAGAGGCUGUAAGGGGAAUAAUCCUCACAUGGGCAGGUUCUCUCUUCAAUAUGCAUAAUAUGUUUUCAGUGUAAGAACUACUCUGUGACAGAGUAUUUAUACAUUAGAGGUUGUAUGCUCACUGUUCUGUUUUUCUGUAGGAUGUACUGUGUGAUUAGGUUGAUCUCGGUCAAUGCAGCUCAGUCCACUAAGUAGGGAGAGUCAUUGAUGAUUGCUGCUCUGUUGUGCCCACUAAAUCUGUAUAUAUCAUGUUUAAACAGCUGAAUAAAGAAGGAAUUGUUGAAAAUUAAAA